AUGUAUUCGAAUAACCAGUUCAUGGACGCCCGUCCGGCGCCACGACCACCGACAGACCGUCCCCGCCUUGCCCUCACCCCGAACACCAGCAACACACUGCCUGGGAACAUGGCCGGUCUGAGCAUGCAGUCGCCUGCUUACGGCCAUGUCUCACAGGGCUCCUUGUCCCGCACACAAACAGAGAGAAGCGUCUCCUCAUCGGCCGUGGUCAAGGAAGGCAUGGUCAAAGUCAAGGACGAGGGUCUGUUCAAGUCGUUUGUCUGGGCGGAUCGGUGGCUUGUGCUGAAGGAGUUCGAGCUCAACUUCUUCAAGAGCGCAAACGCAUCCAAGGUAUCCAACACGAUUCAGUUGCGAGAUAUUCUAGGCGUAGAGAGGUCUGACACGCAACCGCUCUCGUUCGAAAUCACACGAUCGCUCAACCACAGCAAAGGCUCGUCGCCGCCUCGCGACGGACCAACAAAAAUCAUCACUUGUAAGGUCGAAACAGACGACGAUGUCUACUCCUGGAUUGACAGCAUAUACCAGCGCUGCCCUAGCAUGGGUGGUGUCAGCAAUCCUACAAACUUCACCCACAGAGUCCACGUUGGCUUCGAUCCAACAAGCGGCGCAUUCGUUGGGCUGCCUGUAGAAUGGGAGAAGCUGCUUACGGCGUCUGCGCUAACCAAAGAUGAUUAUGCGAAGAAUCCCAAGGCUGUACUCGAAGUGUUGGAAUUCUAUACCGAAAAACUAGUCAAGCGAUCUGAAGAUCCCCAGCAGUACUCUAGCCUCACCCCCACGCCCGGCCUCAACAGUGGCUCAGAGAAGCAAUUGGGUUACGGUGGUGGAAACUCGGUGGCACCUCCACGCCCUGCUCCCCCGGCUAGCUACCAACGCAUGGAUAGCUACAGCGCGGGGUCACGCCAAGAUACACCACCAACAGGCGGUUAUGCCGCUCCGCUACAGAACAGUGCUUCGCAGGCAGAUCGUUACGACCAAGAGCGACGCAGACAGGAGGAACAAGCGCGUAUGCAACGUGAGCGAGAGAGGGAAAGGCAAAGACAAGAACAAGAACGACGGGACCGCGAGGAGAUGGCUGCAUACAACGCUUCAAUACCGCAGAAGAAGGUACCCAUCGCUCAGCAAGAGUUUGGUGGAGGCAGCUACGAUGACCGGGACCCAAGUCCCUCGAGCACAUCCCGCUACAAUCCAUCUCGUGCAGCUCCCUCAGCUCCAGCAGCCCAGCGAGCCCCUGCCGCACAGGCGCCAGGCUCGCUUCGCCAGAUGGCAGCACAGCGUCCUGCCCCUUCCGCGCCCAGGCCACAACAGAACGGUGCCGGAUAUACCACCUCGCCCCAGUCCAAAAUUCCAACUUCGCAGCAACGUCCACCGAUGCAAUCAAGCUCCAGCUACUCAGGCUCUCAAACCCAAGUGCCUCAAGUUCGUGCUCAGCCGCAGCAGCAAAAGCAGUACCAAGGUUCUUCUGCAGCACCGAAGCCGUUGAACGUAGCGAAGCCUACCGGGGCCCCUGCCAAUGAUGCGGUCAAGAAAGCUGAAGCUGCUCUCACAAGCAAGCCGAAAGAGGAGGCACCGCGGAAAGAUGUGCGCAUGUCCAGCAUGUCUGAGAGCGAAGUGAUGGCGAAACUUCGAGAAGUUGUCUCGAAAGACAAGCCCCUGGAGUCGUACAACAAGCAGAAGAAGAUUGGUCAGGGUGCCAGUGGUUCCGUAUAUGUCGCGCGUAUUCGCGAAGGUGCUACCUCAUCCAUGGCACGUCGUAUCCUCCAAGAGAACGGACCGCGUGCUCAAGUUGCGAUCAAACAGAUGGAUCUCCGUAAUCAGCCCCGCAAAGAGUUGAUUGUCAACGAGAUCAUCGUUAUGAAGGACAGCAAACACCCUAACAUUGUCAACUUCCUUGACGCUUUCCUGCAAGAAGAGCAGUCUGAGUUGUGGGUGGUCAUGGAGUUCAUGGAGGGCGGUGCUUUGACUGAUGUCAUUGACAACAACCCUACCAUUACUGAAGAUCAGAUUGCCACCAUUUGCUUCGAGACUUGUAAGGGUCUGGAGCACCUGCACAACCAAAACAUUAUUCACCGAGACAUUAAGAGUGACAACGUUUUACUCGACGGGCGUGGCAACGUUAAGAUCACCGAUUUUGGAUUCUGCGCCAAGCUCACAGAACAACGAUCCAAGCGUGCGACAAUGGUCGGCACACCUUACUGGAUGGCACCUGAAGUGGUAAAACAGAAAGAGUAUGGCAACAAGGUCGAUAUCUGGUCAUUAGGCAUCAUGGCCAUCGAGAUGAUCGAAUCCGAACCCCCAUACCUUAACGAGGAGCCCCUCAAGGCACUUUACCUCAUCGCCACGAACGGCACACCCCGCCUCAAGAAGCCAGAUAAGCUGUCCAAGGAGCUCAAGGCCUUCCUCUCCGUCUGCCUCUGCGUCGACGUCAAGUCGCGCGCCAGCGCUUCCGAACUCAUGAGCCAUGACUUCCUCAAGAGCGGAUGCAGUCUCAAUAGCCUGUCGCAGCUGCUCAACUUCAGGAAGAACGGGAGCCACUAA